AUGAUGCAUCCGCUCACCAUUCUUUCUGAGGCGGAGACCAACUUGGCCCGUGACAUCGUUAAGGCGGCGCACCCUAGUUCCGUGAUUGACUUCCGAGAGAUCUUUUUGCAGGAGCCGCCCAAGGCCCAGCUGGUGGAGUUUCUAGCCCUUGAACAUGCGGGCCGCUUGAGCCCAACUACUCCCCACCCACCUCGCCUAGCUCUCUGCCAAUACGAUGUUAUUGGGGCCGACCGCAUCCCCCAGUUUUAUGAGUCGGUCGUCGACGUGGUGUCCCGGACCCGGGUAAAACACACCGUGGUGGGCAAAAGACACCAUGCCAGUUUGACUUUGAGCGAAUUCGAUGUAUUAGUUGAUCGGUGCAUGAACUCACCCUUGUUCCAGUCUGCGCUUGCCGAGUUCAAGUUGCCAGAGGGAUUCGAAGUCGUGAUUGAGCCAUGGCCAUAUGGUGGUCUUGACGAUACCGAUGAGAACCGGCGGUAUUUUCAAGGUCUUUGCUUUGCACAGGAUAAACGAUCGGGUAAUCCGGACUCGAACUUUUACUCCUUCCCUCUCCCCGUCAUUCCUGUGCUCGACGCACACACGCAAGAGAUCAUCCGGGUUGAUAGACCUGCGACAGGAGGCAAGGGUGAUGGUUUGCGGGAGCAAACCUUCCAGAAAGAUAUUAUUGGACACUGCAGGCCCUCGGAGUACGUCCCCGAGCUUCUACCAGAAGGGACUCGCAAGGAUCUGAAGCCAUUGAAUGUGGUGCAGCCCGAGGGACCAUCGUUCCGCGUGACAAACGAAUCUCUGGUAGAGUGGCAGAAGUGGCGGCUCCGUGUCGCGUUCAAUCCUCGCGAAGGUGCCACGGUCCAUGAUGUCUGGUAUGAUGGUCGCAGUGUUAUCCAUCGACUGGCUAUCAGUGAAAUGACUGUCCCAUAUGCCGACCCGCGACCACCAUUCCAUCGCAAGCAGGCUUUUGAUUUCGGCGACGGUGGUGGUGGGAACAUGGCCAACAACCUCUCCUUAGGCUGUGACUGUCUGGGAGUCAUCAAAUACUUUGAUGCAGUGAUUACUCAAGCAGAUGGUACAGCCCAAACCUUGCCUAAUGCCAUCUGCCUUCAUGAGCAGGAUAAUGGCAUUGGAUGGAAGCACUCCAACUGGCGUACAGGCCGGGCUGUGGUCACUCGUCACCGAGAGCUUGUCAUCCAGUUCAUCAUUACCCUGGCCAAUUACGAGUACAUCUUUGCCUACAAAUUUGAUCAGUCCGGCGGUAUCACGGUGGAGGCACGGGCGACCGGUAUCCUUAAUGUUGUCAAUAUCGAUGCUGGCAAGGUUAGCGACUACGGCAACGUUGUGAGUGGCGGUGUCCUAGCGCAAAAUCACCAGCAUAUCUUUUGUGUGCGCAUCGAUCCGGCCGUUGAUGGGCCUAAUAAUUCGGUUAUUGUCGAAGAGUCUCACUCGGUCCCAAUGAAUGCCGUGACCAAUCCGCAUGGUAACUUUUACCAGGUCACCAAGCAGACCAUCGAGCGGGCAUCCUACCUUGACGCGGCUCCAGAGCAUAACCGCACUAUCAAGAUGAUCAAUCCUCACAAGACCAACCCUGUCAGCGGUAACCCUGUUGGCUAUAAGUUCACUCCCUUGGCAACGCAGUUGCUACUAGCCGAUCCGGAGUCGGUGCAGGCCAGGCGCGCUCAGUUCGCUCAACAUCAUGUUUGGGUGACCAAGCACCGUGAUGGGGAGCUCUACGCGGGUGGACGCUAUACCCUUCAAAGUCAGUUUGAGGUCGAUGGUGUGGCGGAUGCCGUUCGUCGCGGCGAUGCGGUCGCGGACACAGACGUGGUUGUUUGGAAUUCCUUUGGCAUCACACACAAUCCUCGGGUGGAAGAUUGGCCAGUUAUGCCGGUGGAGAUUUUCCAGCUCAUGAUUCGACCGGCAGACUUCUUCGUGGCCAAUCCGUCGAUCGAUGUCCCGUCGAGCAAGAAUGGAUCGUCGCGGCUGGCUGAUUCAGAGUGCUGCCGAAAAUCACACAUCUAG